AUGAGUGACCGUCGCCGUGUCAAUGGCCCCAGCGGGGGUACGAUCCCUCCCACACCUCUCCCAUCGCCCGAAGGACGAACACAGCGGAGCAGAAAGCCAAACCAACUACGUAACAUCUACCUUCAGACUGGCACCAUACCUGCUGCCAGUGGCUCUGCAUACUACGAACUCGAAGCACCUGCCUCAAACAAUGCGCUCGUUCCAACAACAUCUACAAUCAAAUUGUCGUGCGCAAUACACGGCCCAAAACCACUUCCUCGAAAUAGUAACUUCUCACCCAACCUUCAACUGAACGCUUCCGUGAAAUACGCACCAUUCGCUACACGAGUCAGAAGAGGCUAUAUUCGAGACCCUACCGAGCGUGACUUGGGGGUACAUCUUGAGAAUGCGUUGAAGGGGUUGAUCAUUCCGGACAGAUGGCCAAAGAGCUCAAUCGAUGUUGCGGUCACAGUACUUGAGGGGGAAGACAAUGAAGACACAUUUCCAGGGCAGUCGCUGGGAAGUGUAGCAGCUCAGGUGGGACUGAUGAAUAUUCUUGCGGGGUGCAUUACCGUGGCCACUGCAGCACUGCUUGAUGCGAGAAUCGACAGUCUCGACAUGAUGACAGGUGGCGUCGCUGCCUCCGUUGCAGCGCCUGGUCCAACAACGAUCCGGGUUCUGGAUCCCUCGGCCACCGAGCAUGAGUCUUUUCAAGCUGCAUGUGCGGUGGGCUAUCUACCCGGAAGGGACGAAGUUACAGAGGUUUGGACUACUGGUGUCACAUCAGAGAAGGCGCAAAGCAACGUCUCAGGGUUCGAUGAGCUCUUGGAUAGUGCCGUUGGUGCCGCGAAGGCAGUACACGCUGUGUUGAACGAAGUCAUACGGGAAUCAGCUUCACGUCAGUCCGAAGUCUCUUCCGGCAAGAUUAAAGGCAAGUCAGCCAUGAAUGACGAGAUGAAUGAUAUCGAAAUGAAAACUUGA